AUUUUGGGUAUUAUAUUAUGAGAUUCCAGAUCUUAUUUAAAUCUUAUGCUUUGGCAAGUCAUUUCUGAUAUCGCUCCAGCAGGGGAAGGGGGAUACCCUUUGUUAAUGCCAGUUUGGGGCUGAAGUUCAGGUUUUCCUCUUGGCCUUUGUUGACACUCAUUUGGGGAGGGGCUCCAUGUUGCUGCUGAGUGUGGGCGGGGGAUCAGACCCCUGACUAGGCUUCUGCAGGUACCAUCCGCCGGAAGGGUGAGGGGUGGAAGUGCUGACUUUCCACCAGGCCUCCUCUGGCAGGACCCCGGUGUGGAGGCAGAGGGGUGGGAUGAGUCCUGGCUCCUGCGUGGUGUCUACACUGCACGUGGGGGGUUUGUUUUUCUGUCGUGUUUGAUUGGAGUCGGGCAGUUGUAUGUUUUCACUGCCCCUUUCACCUCCUUUGGCUGGAGACAGCAGGCUUUUGGGGACUGUGUUUGUUUGUUCCCACUGGUGUUUCUGGGUUGUUGGCUUCCCUGGCAGCCAGCGUAGGACACAUCAAACAAACGAAAACCUGGAAGUCACCAGCGUGUUGUUCCUUGGGUCCUGAGGUCCCUAGCCAGUCUGCUGCUUUCUCUUCACCUCUCAGCAUUUUUAUGUUUCUUUCAAAUAUAAAGUCCAGGGAUUCUAGCUGUGCUUAGUGAGAGGAGUAGAGAAAAGUAUGUUUACUCCAUCUUUCCAGAAGCAGAAGUCCAAAUUUAAUUAACUUUGAAUAGGUAAUACAUUCAUGUGACAUACAAAUUAAAUGCUGUAAAAAGAUGUACAGCGGAAAUUAACUCUCUACCACCCACUUCCCCUCUUAGAUGGCAACUACAGUUUCUGGUUUCUUCCUUCCUGAGGUAACUGUACAUGUACCGGCGAAUAUACACAGACGUGUUUUUACCUAAGUGGUGGCGUACCACGGACACCAUUUUGCACCUUGCUUUUUUUCUCCUGACGCUCCAUCUCUGAGAACGUUGUGGGUCACUUCGUGAACUCCUGUAUUGCUUUUCGUGGCCUCAUGAUAUUCCAUUGCAUGGAGAUGCCACAUGGUCCUGUAGGAAGCUGUGGUGUGCUGGAGAAAGCUGCGGGUGAUUUAGAUCUGUGUGCUACGGCGAGUCAUGUGUAUACUCCGUGAAUACUCAGAGGUGCUCACUGAUAGCUACUCUUUAGACACAUUUCUCCGUCAUGUUCUCAAGGACUAUUUGGACCACAUCUUGCUUUUCAUAGGUAUUGCCAUCAGAGAGUCUGCAAAGGUGGUCGACCAAGCCCAGAGGAGGGUGUUGAGGGGUGUCGACGACCUGGACUUCUUCAUAGGGGACGAAGCCAUAGAUAAACCCACGUAUGCCACAAAGUGGCCAAUAAGACACGGAAUAAUUGAAGACUGGGAUCUAAUGGAAAGGUUCAUGGAACAAGUGAUUUUUAAAUAUCUUCGAGCUGAGCCUGAGGAUCAUUAUUUUUUAAUGACAGAACCUCCACUGAACACACCAGAAAACAGAGAAUAUCUUGCAGAAAUUAUGUUUGAAUCAUUUAAUGUACCAGGACUCUACAUUGCAGUUCAGGCAGUGCUGGCCUUAGCAGCGUCUUGGACCUCGCGACAAGUGGGCGAACGUACGUUAACGGGGAUCGUCAUCGACAGUGGGGAUGGGGUCACCCAUGCUAUCCCAGUGGCAGAAGGGUAUGUCAUUGGGAGCUGCAUCAAACACAUCCCUAUCGCAGGGAGAGAUAUUACGUAUUUCAUGCAACAGCUGCUGAGGGAGCGGGAGGUGGGGAUUCCUCCGGAGCAGUCGCUGGAGACUGCCAAAGCCAUCAAGGAGAAAUACUGUUACAUUUGUCCUGAUAUCGUCAAGGAAUUUGCCAAGUAUGAUGUGGAUCCUCAGAAGUGGAUCAAACAGUACACGGGGAUCAAUGCAGUCAACCAGAAGAAGUUCAUCAUAGAUGUUGGCUACGAAAGGUUCCUGGGCCCUGAGAUUUUCUUUCACCCGGAGUUUGCCAACCCAGACUUUAUGGAGUCCAUCUCGGACGUUGUUGAUGAAGUCAUUCAGAGCUGCCCCAUCGAUGUCCGUCGUCCGCUGUAUAAGAAUGUCGUUCUUUCGGGGGGCUCGACGAUGUUCAGGGACUUUGGACGUCGCCUGCAGAGAGACUUAAAAAGGGUGGUGGACGCCAGACUGAGACUCAGCGAGGAGCUCAGUGGCGGCAGAAUAAAGCCCAAGCCCGUGGAGGUCCAGGUGAUAACACAUCAUAUGCAGCGCUAUGCGGUGUGGUUCGGAGGCUCGAUGCUGGCCUCAACUCAUUUAUGCUCCUCCUGCUGGUUGCCUCUCGCAGCCGGAGUUCUUCCAGGUCUGUCACACCAAGAAGGGCUACGAGGAGUACGGCCCCAGUAUCUGCCGCCACAACCCCGUCUUUGGAGUCAUGUCUUAGUGGCGGCUUUGACACCGCCCUUCCAGUGGUGUCGCGGCAGGUGCGCAAGUGUCCUUCAGACCCGGAGGAGACCGGCUCCUGUACAUAGCGCGCGUGCCGUGGUGCCGGGCAGCCCAGCAAAGCCAUCUCCGCGCCCAGCCUCCCCCCGCCCCCCCGCCCUGCUCUCCUCUCCACCCGAGCUUCGAGUCCACAGAUCCAAUUCUGGAGGAAUUCAGCUGCGACUCUCAGAUUUGUUACGGAAAACCCUAGAACACGGCGCAAAAUAGCUCCCCACCCAGGGCCGAGUAUGGGGCUCUCAACCCUUUUCCUCCCAGACUAUUUUUGUAAAUAAAAUGUUAUAAACUUGAAAUACAAAUUGAUGUUUAUAUUUCCUAUCAUUUUGUAUUUUAUGGUAUUUGGUACAACUGGCUGAUCCCGAGCACGCGUAGAUGUCCAUGUCAUGGAGUGUUGUCAUAAAACGUUUCUAAUUGUGAGGCAUGUUCUGAUGUGUGUGUAGGCAAACAAAAUAAAGCAGAGCACACUUUUCUGGUCAUGUGUUUGCUAGGAAAUGGUUACGCUUUAUUGGAGGAUGGGGAGGUUAAACACUAAGCAGCGUUGUGUGACAAUUAGUAUAGACAACGUAUCCUUUCAUUUUCUUGUUUGAACUUACUGGAAUUGUUUUAUAGAAGAUGCCGGUUUGCUGUUGGUGAGUGUUCGAUGAAAUACUACCUUGCACCAUUGUAAUAAAAGCAGUUAGACUCUUUAUAAAGAU